UAAAGGAAUAUCACUAAUACAAUAAUACAAUCCUACAUUUUCUUCAGAUCAGUAUUCCUCGUUAGCACAAAGUAGCUAUGAGUCUGUCAACCUCUAAAUCAAACAGUCUCUGAAACACUACGUAUAGUGCAAGAUAACCAAAUCUUCCUGCUUAAAGGUCAGAUUUACAAGGAACACGUGAAGGCAACAUGAAACAACACAGCAUCACCAGGUCACCGCCCCUAAUUAUUAAGCUGACGUCACGAAUUUGUAAUGCUUUUUUUCCCUGCUUUUUUCUUCUUCUUUCUGCUGAGAACACGGGAGGCGUACAACGUGUGUACGUAACUCAUGUAGUUGAAGCAGUUUGAAGCAAGACUUUGAGGGGAAGCGGCUUCCAGCACAGAGAAGUAAAACCCCAAGAGAAAAAAGCUCAGGAGAAACUACAACUCGCAGCCAUGAAGGACAAAGUGAGGAGGGGAGGAAGAAAUCAGGCCAAGGCUGAUGUAGUGAGCCUGGUUGGUGGACAGGAUGCUGUUGGCAUUAACCAACAUGAGGACACAUCGUUCCCUGUGAAAAUCCAGGGAGCAGGAGUAGAGCCAUUUGAGCUGCAGGUCCAUGGAUUUUGGCUUGUUCAAGAUGCAGUAAUGAAUCUGAUUUCGAGGGAUGAGGUGUGUCCUCGUUCCAACUUGUCGCUGGCACUCGCUGGUACGACUCUGGACCCCCUUGCUGAACUGCAAAGCCUAAAGGGGCUUAAACCAGGAGCCAUCCUUCGCCUGGUGGAAGAACCCUACACCGCCCGCUCAGCCAGACUCCAUCUGGCUCGUGUGCUUGAACUGCUGAGAGCUUCUGGACCUCAGGAUGCACUGAGAGAAGGACGCUCACCAAGCAUACUGGAGACACUCACACACACAGCAGACUCCAUCUUACCGAAUGGAAAGAGCCUGAAACGCUCUUUAAGCAACACAAAAGCAGAAACGGCCAACCAGGAUGGAGCUCUCCAUGAGUAUCUUCUCCCUGGUUCCUCAGAGAGACCCUUCAUGGCCCUGCUACCACACAGCUCCCACCCAGAGUCCCCCAGCUACCUGAGAGACUUGUCUCUCAGCUGUUGGAACCCGGCUCCAGGACACAGGAAGCUGCAGGGAGACUUCCUAUACAUCACGGUGGUGACAAUGGAGGGACGACGGUGUGACAUCACAUCCUGUCCGAAAGGGUUCUUCCUCAAUAGAUCUACAGAAGAAGUGUUUGAUCCUCGUCCUGCACAGUCUUCCCCAAUUUGUCACAGUUUCACCGACCUGCUCUGUCACAUCAGCCCUGCCUUCAAACCAACUUUGACCACGCUCAAAAAUAGGUCUCAGAUACCUCCAGUAGAGCGGAUGCCCACUCCUUACCACACCCUGAGCUGGCUCGGGCCUCCUUGCGCCACUCGCACUCAUAAAAACACCUUCAGCCGACUUGGAGUGGAUGAACAGCCAGCAACACAGGCUCCAGAUUGGAACGAGGAGUUGCAAGCUGUUAGAGAUCUUCCACACGGCAGCCUGGAGGAGAGGCUGCAGAGGGACAAAGCUCUGCUCCAGGUUAACAGUGCAUUUGUUAGGGCUGUGAUGCAGGGGGCAGAAACGGUGAUCGAUGGCUUUGUGGAGCCAGUCAAUGGAAACCCUGAUGACCCAGCUUUCCUGUGGGGCGGCCUGUUCAUGAGCCAAGGGGCAGCAAGUGCAAUCUUUGGAGGGGAAAGGGGUCGCAGGGCAGCUCAGAGGCUGGAGUUUGAAGGAGUACAAGCCUACAGUGACAUCGAGGGGUUGCAGGGGUUGCACACUCUACCUACAGCCAUUGUAGACUACAGAGGAGUGCGUCUGUCUGCUCAGGGUCUAGCCCCUGGGUUGGAGGGCUCAGAGCAGGACCAGGCAACUGCUCCCUCCUCAAGAGGCUUGCUGUACGGGAUAAAUGCAGGACCCCAAGAGUCCCCCCAACGCAGACGGCUCCUAGAGCUCUUGGCUCAGGCUGCCAAAUCUCUCUCUCUGCAGAGACAUGUUCUUGUGGGGCCCAACGAUCACAAGGUACCACUGUUCACCUCAGUGGACGCUCAGGGACUGCUGGGCGCUGAUGGGAGGUUCUACAUACUGGAUGUGUUCAGGAGCUUCCCAGCUGAUGCCAACUUCUGCCCAGAGGUGGAGACAAAAGGUCAGACAGUCACUGAAGAAGAGGAGAGCAAUACAAGCUGUGCACAGGACCAGGAGAAGAAGGGUUGUGUAAAAGAAGGUUGGCCUGAGAAUUAUCACUCGGACUCUGGGCUACCAAGGAGCUUCCCUCACGGACUCUGUCGACUGAGGCCAGAGCUGGUGCAGGCCUUUAUCCAGCACAAACAUGCCCAGUUCACUCAGCAUGUCAAGGAGACGUUGGAUGAGAAUGGAGGCUUUGAAGAAUGUGCAACAGCUUGUGAUUCUCGAGCCACUAACGCAGUACGAGCUGCUUGUAAAGAAGUGGGCUCAGUCAGCGACAUCAUCUUUGAGAUGCGCUUUAAUCCAAGCGUCUUCUCUCCAGAAGUAUCCUUCCCUCCUGGUGAAAGUAAGUCAACAAAGUUGCAGGAGAGGUUACUGAGGGAAGCUGCUGCUUUCAUCGUCACACAUCAGAUACCAGCCUUUGUGGAGUUUUGCCUACAAAGCAAUGAGGCACCAAUGGAUGGAGUCUCUCUGAAACAGGCACUACACCAAAGAGGCAUCAAUCUCAGAUAUCUGGGCCGUGUAAUAACGACCAUCAGCCAAUCGGAACAAAAAGAGUGCCUGAGGCAUAUAAUGCGAUUGGUCAUAGGUGAAAUUUUCACCCGUUCAACAAGAAGAGUGUUCAACAAUUUCCUCCAGGGUGUGGACAUGCCUAGUCUCUCAGCAGCUGUCAGUCACUUCCUGUGCUGCCUAUUAGUUCCUCACUUCACACCAACACCUGUGUGGGAUGAGACUAAGAAGAAGUCAAGGCGGCGUGGCCGAGUGGCCGGGACCUCUGAAAGCACACCCUGGAGCAUGCUCGCAGGGGCCGAGCUGUGGAAUCUGGUCUGUCAGGAUGCAGCUGAAACGUAUAACAUCUCUGACAGCCUGGGCUCUGGUCCGAAUCACCUGGUGGAGCACUACGGCCUUCAGAAGCUCUCUCUGCUCAGAGAGUUCUGUUUAAAGACUGGAGUACAGUUGAGACUGAGAGACUACGUCCUUGACAACCAAAACAAAGCUCCCAUUGGCCCAGACGACAUCCUCAACAUCUUCCCUGUUGUCAAGCACAUUCACAUGCCAACUGUGGAUGCUUCAAAAGCAUAUCGAGCUGCACAGAACUUCAUUCAGAAGGGUCUGCUAGAUCAGGCCCAUGAACACCUAAAAGAAGCAACCUACUUGUUUGGUAGGGUGUGUGACGACCUGCACAUUGAGGCCUGUUAUUGCCACAGCCUGUUGGCCAAGGUGGCCUUCGUGCAGGGCAAGACAGCUGAGGCUCGCAUUGUCCAGCUGAAAGCAGUGGUCAUCAGUGAGAGAGUGCUUGGCUUUGACCAUCCAAACACUAUUCACCAAUAUGCCCUCUUGGGUGUGUAUGUGUUUGCUGGAGGGGAGACGGCCCUGGCCCAGAAGUGUCUCCUCAGAGCUCGUCUGCUAAUGCUAACAGUCCACGGAGAGGACCAUCCCUACACCGCAACACUGGAUAGCUGUCUUGGGUUGGUGCUGACCGGAGAUCAGAGAGGGAAGUUCCUUCAGAACGCCCUCAGACUCAACACCUCCUUCUUUGGCCCCUCACAUCUGCACACCGCUCUCAGUCAGCACAUGUUAGCCCAGUGGAUGUGCAGCAAGGGAGACUACAGAAGUGCUAUGAGCCAUGAGAAAGAGUCCCUCACUGUUUUUACCUCCAUGUUUGGAGAGGAUCAUCCUCAGUCACGCUGCAGCAAAGAGUUUCUGUGCACUAUAACCAAGCAAGCGGUGAAGGUGGAACGCUCGCUGAGGCAGGCAGGAGCUGACUGCAUGGAGCAGUCAGUGGAGUGUCUAAAUCCCACUUCUGAUAAUAUGCUGGAGCAACUGGCUCUGGUGACCGGGAUCCGGAGCAUUACACACAGAGACGGACUCCAGGAGUAUAGGAAGAAACACAACGAACUAAAGGCAGCAGUGGCAAAGGAACUGGGAUUCAUUGUGACCAACAAGUUUGUGGCCUCAGAAACUGUGAAUGGAGAAGAGAAAAGCUCAGAUGUAGAAACAGGAAGCAGGAAGGAAGCAGAGGAUGGAGGAAGUCCAGCGGUGGAGAAGCCCAGCGAGGGCCAACAGGAGCAGCCGGCGGAAGAGACCUUGGUGAAGAGUGCUGCCACAGCUUCAGUUAAUCGUCAUGUGGUGGAGCCAGCUGAAGUGAAAGGGCAUGAGGAGAAAACAAAUGUAGAUGCAGAAGACAGGGACAGAGCAGCUUCAGAUGCGGAGGUCAAGAUAAUGAAUGUGGAGUCAGAGGUCAGGGCUGCAGGACAGAAAGCUGAGAACAGCACACCAAAUGACGUAAACAGCAACACAGCUAACGGAGGGAUCAAAUCUGAUGCAGCAGUUACUGAGAUGAAAUCAGUGUCAGGUGAGGUUAAUGGUGACUGUGACAUCCCCGUAGGCCCGUCAGUCCUGAAGAGUAAAGGAACCUGGGCUGAUGUUGUUUCAAAGGCCAAUGGAGGGGGGGGCAUAGACACAGCGGUCAACAGAGAUGAAGUCACUGCUAAUGGAACAGCUCAAGAGUGAACAUAGAUAAAAACAGGACAUGUGUUGUUAAGUAAAAACAGGACAUGUGUUGUUGCCAAGUAAAAACAGGAGAUGUGUUGUCAAGUUUUUCCAAUUAACUGCUGUAAGAUAAAACUCUUCCAGGAUCAUAGAUGUAUUUUGAUCGAAUUUAUAUGAAGCUGGCAACAGAGAGGGAGAUUUUGAGGUUUUUUUUCCAGAUGUUAAUGCUGAUGCUGGGAGAGGGCUGUACUGAGUGCUGUUUUUUUCAACAAUAAACUUUUAAUUCUGGUUUACAA